AGGGAUAGCUAGAGAGAGUGCAUGUGCUUUCCUCAACCACCCUUUCUAGUUUAAUUGUUGAGAAGUGCAUGAAACAAUGGAUUCACAGGAGAACUUGAACUUGGAAAAUGAGGAUUCAAAGGAGUUCAGCAAGGAGCACUACCCGGUCGGACGGACUGCAGCAACCAUGUCGUCGUCUCUGUUGCGUCAGAAAUCCGAUCCAGCGCUUGUGGCGAAGGUUCGGUUUCGAUUGCUCAGACUAUUUCUCACCAACCUUCAAGAGGUGGUACUUGGGACCAAGCUUUGUGUGCUAUUCCCAGCCAUUCCUUUGGCUAUCAUAGCAAAGUCCUACAAUUUUGGAAGACCUUGGAUAUUUGCUAUGAGUUUAAUAGGACUUGCUCCACUUGCUGAACGGCUCAGCUUUUUAACCGAACAAAUUUCAUACUUCACUGGUCCAACAGUUGGAGGGCUCUUAAAUGCAACAUGUGGUAAUGCAACAGAGCUUAUAAUAGCAAUAUUUGCUCUUCAGCAAGAGAAAAUACAUGUGGUGAAGUACUCUCUUUUGGGUUCCAUUCUUUCAAACCUUCUUCUUGUUCUUGGAAGCUCACUUUUAUGUGGAGGUUUGGCCAAUCUGAAAAAGGAGCAAAGAUUUGACAGAAAGCAAGCUGACGUGAACUCGCUCCUUCUCUUGCUCGGAUUGCUUUGCCUUGUGCUGCCACUGUUGUUCAGAUAUGGGGUAGUGCCGGAUGCUUCCACAGCCUCUUCAGUUCUUCACUUGUCCAGAGCAAGCAGCAUUUUUAUGCUUGUGGCAUAUAUUGCAUAUCUCUUUUUCCAAUUAAAAACCCACAGACAAUUGUUUGAAUCCGAAGAGGAAGGUGAAAAUGAUGAUUUGGUUUCUGAAGAGAAGGCUGUGAUAGGGUUUUGGAGUUCAUUUAUCUGGUUGCUUGGCAUGACAGUUAUCAUAGCUUUGUUAUCUGAAUAUGUUGUGGGCACAAUAGAGGCUGCUUCAGAUUCUUGGGGCAUUUCUGUUAGCUUUAUCAGCAUAAUAUUGUUACCAAUUGUGGGGAAUGCUGCAGAACAUGCUGGUUCAAUCAUAUUUGCUUUCAAGAACAAGUUGGAUAUAUCUUUGGGUGUCGCUUUGGGAUCUGCUUCUCAAAUAUUUAUGUUUGUGGUUCCUUUAUGUGUGAUCGUUGCAUGGAUAAUGGGUGUCCAUAUGGAUCUUGAUUUCAAUCUCCUAGAAACUGGUUCUCUUGCUUUCUCAAUUAUUGUCACAGCCUUCACUUUGCAGGAUGGAACUUCACAUUACAUGAAAGGAGUGAUUCUUUGUCUGUGCUACACUGUUAUUUCAGCAUGUUUUUUUGUUCAUAACUUUACACAAAAUCAAACAACUGUUGUUGACAUGGGAUCAGUGAAUUCAUCAUCAUCUGGAGUGAUUUGGGAUACUUAGCUUGGCUUGUCAUUUGUUCAUCGAUCAAGAAUGAUAAACAGCAUUGGAUACAGUUCAUGUGGCGGAUUAAUUAUUAAAAGUUCUCACUUGAGGGCAAGACAGUUUAAAUAAUUGUACUUUGAUGAAAUUCGGAAUCAUCUUUUUUUUUUUUUUUUUU